GACUUAGUUUUUAAGCCGUGGGAGAUGGAGGUUUUGUCCCUAUUUCCGGAAGAGAGUAUAUCCGGACUGGAGGGUGCUGUAGAUACGGACUUAUCAACUACGGCUAAUAAACCAGGAUGUUCUGGGAAGUCUGCUUCUGACACAAGUUCGUGUAGUCAGAUUCAAGGUCCCUUGAUAGAGUCAUUUGAAGAUACAUAUGAAAUCAUAAAACAUAUUCGCUCACAAAUCUUUGGAAUAUUUCUAAUUCACGAAGUGGAAAUACCAACGGAAGCAUGUACAAGUGCAACAUUGCAAUCCUCCGACAAUGAUGAAUGCACACGUCAAUUAAUGCAAGGGGAAGAACGCACUGGCCAUGGAAAAAGCAAGGGGAAAGCUCUUUCAAAGAAAAAGAAAUGUACAGAAGAUGUUCAAAUGGAAAACUUGAUCCUGAUAAAAAGAGAGAGGGUUGUUGCUGAAAAAAGGAAAGCUGCAGCUCUUGAACGUAUUGCAACAGCACUGGAAGCCAAGAUGAAAAAAUGAUUAUUAUAUCAGAAAUAAAACAAACUACUGUUAUCUAAAUCUUGUAUUGAUUUCAUUUUCAUAAGAGAUUUGCAACUUGGUGUCUUAAUUGCUGUGCUGACACAGUGGCAACAUCUCUGCAUACAGCAUGAUGGUUUACAUUCACGAUGCGGCCCCCAUCUCUUAGUGGAAGUUUUUCUUCAAUUGCAACAUUGUGUAGUCUGAAACAGG